GUCACCUCGUGGUCGUGAUACUAUCACAACACGAUGGCAGAGUAUCCGCUGGACGAUAAGAUUGACUCGGCUCCUGAUGGGAACAUGAAUGAGAACACGAAGACAAUUCACAGACAGAAACUCGUCUACAGUGUGUGUCUAUGCGCAUCGUAUCUUACCUGCGGAUGGAAUCUCGCCCAGAUCGGCUCCGCCCUCCUCGACCUCAAACAGAUCACCUCCGUUUCACUGGAAGCCGCCUCCCUGUAUCAAACAUUUUUCAAUGUCGGUUAUUUCGCCGGCUCCCUGCUGUGUGGUAUCAUGUAUAAGAGGAUAAACAAGUUCUUAUUCCAAUUUAUCUCCCUUCUUGUUGUCGCCAUUGCACUUGUUAUCAUUCCAUGGUGUCACGUGCACGCCGCCAUGGUUACGGCCCAUUUUUUCGUCGGCCUGUCAGGGGGCAUCAUUGAUUCAGUGGUAAACGCCGAGAUGUUGGCAGUGUGGGGAGAAAAGGGACUUUCGUACGUGCAGGCGAUGCAUUUCGGCUACGCUUUUGGCGGAAUUAUCUCCCCUGUGAUAACGGCUCAGUUUUUGGCGCCAACACUUGAUCAUCAUCGUGACGUCAUAUUUUCAACAACCAAUUACAAUGCGUCUUACAUUAACAUCACAAACAUAUUAGGCAAUCAUAACUUGAUUGGUAACUUGACAAGCCAAUCGGCGCUCUAUGUUAAUAAUACAGUUUAUUCGACCAAUCAAAGCAUCUUUCGCGAAAUAUCAACAUCGCUAAAUUCUACCCGGAACUCCCCGACUGUUUUCGCCCCUUUUUAUAUCACUUCGCAGGUCUAUAUAGCAUAUAGCAUUUCUGCUUGUUUAUGCACACUUAUCGGAUUACCUUACUUGGUAAUGUACUUCACCUUUGACCUUACAAAAAUAAGGUCAGGGCGUGUACCGAAAGAGGAAAACUCAACCCCGAAUAUUACAAGAAUUCCUAAAAUACUAGUCCUUAUAAACUUUGGAUUAAUGGCUGGAAUAUAUGUCGCCAUUGAAGAAUCAUUUUCCGGAUUCUUAAAUGCGUUUUGUGUCAACCGUCUUGAUUGGUCGAGCGUUGAUGGGUCCUAUGCAACGUCUGUUUUCUAUGGUUGUUUUGGAUUCGGUCGUCUGGUAGCUGUUCUAUGGGUCAAGUAUCUAAAUCCAAAGAAAUUUUUAAGUGUGUUUUGUGUAUUGUUACUGUUAAUGUUUGCAAGUAUUUUGAUUUGUGGAGUAUAUUACUUCGAUAUUGGGAUGUGGCUGACGGCUGCCGCUACCGGGUUGUCCAUAGCGGUGAUUUACCCGACCGUGUUUACAUGGACGGAGGAAGAUUUCCUACCGGUGUCGGGGAAAAUAUCGUCCUUCUUUAAUAUCACUUCCGCUUUAGGCGGAACUAUCAACCCAAUCGUCAUCGGUACUUUAAUGGACGUGUACAGCCCACUAUGGUAUGCAUAUUUACUGAUGGGAGAAUCGGCCCUCUUGCUGAUGACGUGUAUGUGUGGGAUGGCGUUGUCUAGGAAACUACGGCCACAAAAACGGCAAGGGAGACAAUUCGAGCCCGCCGAUCAGGAAAAUAGAUUUAUUUAAUAUAGAACAAAAUAACAAUGUAUUCAUGCUCACCUGACAUCGAUUACAGAACUAUAUCAACGUCGUUUCAUACUCGCAGAAUAUGAACCGACCAGGUUUUCAUUGCAUUCAUAGUACAGUACAUUUCACCUAAU